AUGAGAUUCACCACCCUCUCCCUCCCCCUCUUCGCCCUGGCGGCCAGCGCCACCAAGAAGCCCCUCGUCAACGAGCUCAAGCUCCAGAAGGACAUCAACAUCAAGGACCUCAUGGCCGGCGCCCAGAAGCUCCAGGACAUCGCCACGGCCAACGGCAACACCCGUGUCUUUGGUGGCGCUGGCCACAACGCCACUGUCGACUGGCUCUACAAGACCCUCAAGGCGACUGGCUACUACAACGUCAAGAAGCAGCCCUUCACUGAGCUGUACUCUGCCGGUACUGCCUCUCUCAAGGUUGACGGUGAUGAUAUCACUGCUGCCAUCAUGACUUAUACUCCUGCUGGUGAGGCUAGUGGUCCUCUUGUCGUUGCUGAGAACCUUGGUUGUGAGGCUAGUGAUUUCCCCGCUGAGUCUGAGGGUAACGUUGUUCUCGUUCUUCGAGGAGAGUGCCCCUUUGCUCAGAAGUCUUCCAACGGUAAGACUGCUGGAGCUGCUGCUGUCAUUGUCUACAACAACGUUCCUGGUGAGUUGGCUGGUACUCUCGGUGAGCCCUUUGGCGAGUUCGCUCCCAUUGUUGGUAUCAGCCAGGAGGAUGGUCAGGCUAUCCUUGCCAAGACCAAGGCUGGUGAGGUCACUGUUGAUCUCAAGGUUGACGCUACCGUUGAGAACCGUGUGACCUUCAACGUCAUUGCUGAGACCAAGGAGGGUGACCACGACAACGUCCUCGUUGUUGGAGGCCACUCUGACUCCGUUGCUGCCGGCCCCGGUAUCAAUGAUGACGGCUCUGGUAUCAUUGGUAUCCUCAAGGUUGCCCAGGCUCUCACCAAGUACCGCGUCAAGAAUGCCGUCCGCUUCGGUUUCUGGAGUGCCGAGGAGUUUGGUCUGCUCGGAUCAUAUGCUUACAUGAAGAGCAUCAACGGUUCUGACGCUGAAGUCGCCAAGAUCCGAGCCUACCUCAACUUCGAUAUGAUUGCCAGCCCUAACUACGUCUACGGUAUUUACGACGGUGAUGGAAGUGCCUUCAACCUCACCGGCCCCGCUGGCUCCGACGCCAUCGAGAAGGACUUUGAGCGCUUCUUCAAGACCAAGCGUCUCGGCUACGUCCCCUCCGAGUUCAGUGGCCGCUCUGACUACGCCGCCUUCAUCGAGAACGGCAUUCCCUCUGGCGGUCUCUUCACCGGCGCCGAGCAGCUCAAGACCGAGGAAGAGGCCAAGAUGUUUGGCGGCGAGGCUGGUGUCGCUUACGAUAUCAACUACCACAAGAUCGGCGACGACAUCAACAACCUCAACAAGGAGGCUUUCCUCGUCAAUACCCAGGCCAUCGCUAACUCUGUUGCUCGCUAUGCCAAGACCUGGAAGAGCCUGCCCAAGGUUACCCACAACACUCGACGAUGGGAUGCUGAGGUCGCUUCUGUUCUGAAGCGAUCUAGCGGACACAGCCAUGCUGGGGGUCCUUGUGGAUCUGUUUCCGUUUAG